AUGACGAACGAGCUAUGCACGCAAUUCUGCUUCAGCAAGGGCUUCGCCUACGCCGGAACCGAGUACUAUGGCGAAUGUUACUGCGGCAAUUCUCUGGCCAAGAACGGCAUUCAGGCCGCCGACGCCGACUGCACCACCCCUUGCAAUGGAAACGCAACCCAGCCUUGCGGUGGUCCCAAUCGUCUCACGCUCUACCAUACCUCCCUCAUUGUUGGGCCUUCGGUCAACCCUGGCCCUGGUGAUUGGUCUUCCAUCGGAUGCUAUUCCGAGGGUACAGGUGGCCGCGCGCUCACGAAUGCUGUUGGCGUCACAGGCGCCAUGACUGUUGCCAAGUGCACUGCCGCUUGCCAGAACCUCGGUUUCAUCCUUGCGGGUGUUGAGUACGCCGGCGAGUGCUACUGCGGUAACAGUCCUGUAAAUGGCGGUGCUUCCGUUGUUGAUGGCUGCAACAUGGUUUGCAACGGUAACUCUUCUGAGUAUUGCGGUGGCCCCAACCGCUUGAACGUCUAUGACUACAAGCAUUCGUACCUGCCCUUGCCAUCUUCCACAUCAAGCGCGGCGCCGACUAGCUCCUCGACGUCUAGCUCGAGUUCGAUCGCUUCUUCCAGCAGCUCCACUGUUAGGUCCAGCUCCAGCUCCAGCUCCAGCUCUGUUUUCUCUUCCAGCAGCACCAUCAUUCCUACUAGCAGCAGCUCUGCUGUGUCCAGCACUUCGGCCAGUAGCAGUUUGACCGCCGCUGCGAUCAUCAGCAGCUCUAGCUCCUCAUUCGUGAGCUCCCUCACCAGCGCGACCUCGGUGAUCAGCUCCUCGAGCAGCAGCAUCAGCUCUGCUACCCCUACACCCACCGGCCCUAGCCAACCAGCGACCGUCGGCAACUGGAACUACUACGGAUGCCAGACCGAGGCCACCAACGCUCGCGCCCUCCCUUCAACCAACUUCGGCGACGAUGCCAUGACCAUAGAGAAGUGCGUAGCUUUCUGUGGUGGUGCUGGUUACACUUUUGCAGGCUUGGAGUGGUCUCGUGAGUGCUGGUGUGGAAAUACCUUCUCCGCUGGUUCCGCAAUCGCCCCUUCGAGCGACUGCUCCAUGACCUGCUCCGGCAACAAGUUCCAGUACUGUGGUAAUGGCAACCGCCUUUCCGUGUACACAAUCGGCACCGCCAAGCAGUCCGUCUCUUCCUCGUCGACUGUCGGAUUGUCGACUUCGUCCGCUAGUGGAUCGGCGACCGCCGCAACAUCAUCUACGGCGUCUCCCUCAUCUACCGGCUUCCCUGCUGGGUGGACGAACCAGGGCUGCUGGGUGGAUAACGCCAAUGGCCGUAUCCUUCCCGUCCAAGCUGCUGAUGACCCAAAAAUGACUGUCCAGUCCUGCGUCAACUACUGCGCGGCCAACGGCUAUACGGUUUCUGGCUCCGAGUAUCACACUCAAUGCUUCUGCGGUAACGCCAUCUACGGUGGCGGUGUUGUCGCCUCUGACCAGACCAGCUGCAACACUCCCUGUGGCGGCAACUCUGCCCAGAUGUGCGGAGGCGGCAACCGCAUGACGAUUUACUCAAAGGGCACUCCCCAGACGUACGCACCUCCGGCUCCUCAGCGCAGUGGACUCAACGGUUCUUGGACCUACGAAGGGUGCGUCACGGACAACGUCAACAACAAGCGAACCUUUGCCACGCAGACCAUCUUUGCUGGUACUAUGACGGCUGGUUUGUGCUUGGACGCAUGCGCCAAAUUCGGCUACAUGGCAGCUGGUCUUGAAUACGGCCAGGAGUGCUACUGCGGUGAUCCUGCCAACAUUGUAACAGCCGGUGCCACCUUCGUCGAUGAAUCUCGUUGCAGUAUCUCCUGCGCCGGCAAUGCUACUGGCAUUUGCGGUGGUCUCGCUGUCAUGUCGACUUACUUCUGGACCGGCCCGGCUCUGUACAACUGGACCUAUGCCACAGGCAAUGAUGCUGGAAGCUACGAUCUGUUCAUCGGCGGCAAGUGCAUUCCUUUGAUGACCAUGGAGACUAUCAAAGGCAAGGUCACCUUCCUUGAGAAGUGGGGAACUGGCCCGCCCAACUCGACUGGCGCAUACGAGCUGGACCCCGUUCUGGCUCCCGAUCUGAACAAGGCCUGGAGAGAAAUGCACGUCAAGACGGAUAUCUUCUGCUCUGCCGGGCUCACGCUCCCCGACAAGAACGGUCGCCAGUUGAACAUUGGAGGUUGGUCCGGUGAUUCUACCUAUGGUGUUCGUCUCUACAACCCCAGUGGAUCUCCCGGCGUGAACGGUACCACGGACUGGCAGGAGGACCCUUCUCUCAAGCUUCAGCAAGGUCGCUGGUACCCGUCCGCUCUCGUCAUGGCCAACGGCUCCAUCAUGGUUAUUGGAGGCGAGGAAGGUUCCAACGGCGCAGCUGUUCCUACGAUUGAGGUCUUGCCCUACACGGGCACUGCUCCUCUCUACAUGGACUGGCUUCAGAAGAGCGACCCCAACAACUUGUACCCAUUCGUCGCCGUUCUGCCCAGCCAGGACAUCUUUGUCGCCUACUGGAACGAGGCCAGAAUCUUGGACAGAAACACCUUCGCCACCAAGACUCUGUUGCCCCAGAUUCCAGGCUCGGUCAACAAUCCUCUGGGAGGACGUUCCUAUCCUCUUGAGGGCACGGCUGUCCUCCUGCCUCAGAAGGCUCCUUACACUGAUCCGCUCGGCAUCCUCAUCUGCGGUGGCUCUGGAGCUGGCGCCAACAUUGUCCUGGACAACUGUGUCACCAUCCAGCCCGAGGCCACCAACCCAACCUGGACAAUUGAGCGCAUGCCCACCCGCCGUGUCAUGUCUUGCAUCGCGCCUCUUCCUGACGGCACUUACCUGAUCAACAACGGUGCCAUGCAAGGUGUCGCCGGCUUCGGCCUGGCUGCUUUCCCCAACCACAUGGCCCUCCUGUACGACCCCGAGAAGCCUGUCGGCUCGCGCAUCACAGUCAUGGCCAACACCACCAUCUCCCGUCUCUACCACUCCGAGUCCAUCACCCUGCUUGACGGCAGUGUUCUGGUCAGUGGUUCCGACCCUGAAGAUGGCGUCAACCCUCAGGAGUAUCGCGUCGAGAAGUUCAGCCCUCCGUACCUCCUGAGCGGCAAGCCGCGCCCGACGUUCAAUGUUACCAACACCGACUGGACGUAUGGUCAAACUGUCACUUUCUCCCUUGGACACCAGCCCAACGGCGUAAUCAAGGUUUCCCUUCUCGGUGCCGUGUCCUCGACCCACGGUAACUCCAUGGGCGCCCGCACAAUCUUCCCUGCCGUCUCGUGCGGCGCCUUGAGCUGCACUGUCACCGCGCCGCCCAACGCCGGUGUCGCGCCUCCGGGUUGGUACCAGUUCUUCGUCAUCGACAACGGCAUGCCAGGCAUCGGCGUCUACGUCCGCAUCGGUGGUGACCCCGCCGGUCUGGGCAACUGGCCCCAAGGCUCUAUGUUCACCCGCCCCGGCGUGUAA